AUGUCGCGACCCGGCUACCCUACAGACUCGAGUAUUGUUAUGGCAGAGCAGAGCAGCCGCGAUGUGGUAGAUCAGACCCUGUCGGGCGGCGAGCCUUCGUCUUCCGACGUUCCUGCGAGCACCAACGACAAGCAACCUGCCGGAGGGGACGUGGGGGAGACCAAUCAUAUCGCAACAACGGCCACGCCACGCAAUCUACAAUCUUCUGACGAGACGACGAAUACGUUUGGUUCACGGGAAGGAACGGGAGGUGACAAGAAUGCUGGAGGCUCUCCGAUGGAUCCUUCAAAGCAAGGCACAGGGCUCGUCGCAUCGAGAGCUCUCGAACUGAACGGACUAGCGUCGGCUUCAGAUGGUGGGGAUGAUACAGCAUCGCAGGGUGGUUCGGAAUCAGAUGCCAGUCGAACGGAUGGAAGACAUCAUACGCGCACCGGAUCCGUCAAGAAACCGGGCUCCUUCAAGCCAGUCUCCUUUGCCAAGUUUUCAGUACCAAAAGCGCCGGGUGUCCCCGCGCCCCCAAAAGCGCCGGAGAAAGUGCCCUCCACUUCAACUACGCCGCUCGGCACACCGCAGCCUAGUUCACGACCCCGCUUGGUUGCGAAGCCCACCGCCGGCAUGCGUGAUGCGUUUUCCAAAACUGGCCCAGGCGGAUCUAACCCCACUGGAACUGGACCUGAUCCAAGUCAAGUCUGGAAUAAGAAUCGGCCUGUUCAACCAACGCCAGCGAAGCAUUUGACCGACGAGGAACUGAAGCAGCAAUACGGAAUCCACAUGACUUCUCGGAUUCAAGAAGACGGUGGUGGAAGCGAGGCGAAGUGGGCGGAUAUUGAUGACGACGAGGAUGAUUGGGCCCCCGAGACGAUCGAGUGGACAGAUGGAACGAAGGUCACUCUCACCCACAAUGAACCUGCUCCGCCACCAACCCAGGACGACAGAGGUAGCAAGGAAAUACCACCUUCCGAACCGUCAAUGGCCCGAGAGCUUGUUAAGGCCGCACCAAAGCCUACGUCCGUUGGGCCAAAUCCCACGGUACUCAGACUGGGAGCGAACGCCGAGCGACAGGCCAAGUCUACGGGUGUUUCGGCCAAGGGCAUGAAUGACAAAGUUCCAUCUGCCUCCACCAGCCCUGCUCCUCCGCCGGCCAAGUCGCCCUGGGCAGCUUUGCCUCCCGUGGAAAGAAUGUCUCCAGUCAACCCGCCCGUUCAGCUUUCCCAUCAACCACGUCCUCUUGUUGGCCAACCGCCGAGAGACGAUCCUUAUCACGCCCCAUUGCCGCCUAAGGAAAUCGCCGCUGAUGAUUUCAAUCGAACUUGGAGAGAGACUCAGCCGAAUGCACCCCGGGAGCUUUACAACUCUCGCUCUGGUCGGUACGAGCCAGUUUCGGACAACAGAAGAGGAUCGUGGCGCCACGAUCAAAAUCGUGCUCCUUCGGUCUUGCAACGACCGAACUACCCUGAACCUAGCGGACCAGCAGAGCCAUCUCCCGCGUUCCAGACUUACAGAUCAGGAAUGCAGGAUGGCAUGGGCUGGAACCGCCGCCGCACAUCAUCGAAUGUCAGUGGGGGAAGUGGUAGUUAUGGUCGUCGAAUGUCCGUUGGGCGACCUGAUGCAGCGCCGAGGUAUUUCGAAGCUCGACGGGGUUCACAGGUGAACGGGAUGGUUGACCCAGCUCUGUUGGGCCGUGAGCAACCACACCUCAAAGAAGGGCACUUCCGUGAGCCUUCACCGACUCGCCACCACGUUGAUCCCAGCCGGGCAGCACGUUCUGCGAACACAAAUGACGGUGCUCCUGCCGAAGCGCCGCCAACAGCAAACCAAGCUCCCGAAGUCCCGCAAGAAGACCCUGUGGCUUUGCAACAGCGUAUCAUGAAAGAAAAGCGCAUGGAAGCCCGGCAACGCAGAAUCGAGCAGGAGGAGAAGGAGGAAGCCGCGAAGCAAGAGAGAAUCAGGCAGCGACUUGCAGCUUUGGGGCCCCCGCCUGACAAGUCCAAGCGCAGAGAGAGCAUUGGAAGCCGCAAAUCUCAGGCUCCAGUCCAGGCUCCGAGUGCAUCAAACACGGCCACCAUUCACUCUCCUCCCAAGCCACCAGUGCCUGAACCUACUGGUGAGCCCAAACAGUACGGCAUGAUGAAGGUUCAUCACCCAGAUACUGUGAAGAAGCUCGUGGCUGCAAAUGAGAGAGAUCGAGCCAGUGAUAAACCUGCUAUGCCGAACUUGCGCCGCGGUUCUUCCCCUCACCGUGAACCCAAACGUGAACUUUCCCCGGCAGCUGGCCUCAGGCCGCAGCCCGAAUCUCACCCACCAGUGCAAGACAAGCCAGACGACACCAGGAUUGACGAGCACGGUGCUCAGUGGCGAGGCAAUCUGAACGUUUCCGGUUCCUAUUCUCCCUGGUCUGCCAAUCCCAACCUCGGGCCCACGUCUCCGUCUGUCAAAAAUCCAUGGAAACCGCUGAGUAGCGACAGAACCUUGGGUAAUGGUAUCUUCGAACAGAGUCUUGGAGGUUUCCCCGCGCGAGACUUAGCGCUACGAAGCCAACUCGCAAUGGAUCAAUCGCCCAUGGCCGCACCGCCCCAGGCAUUUUCAGGCCCCGCCAGGUCUCCGCAAGAGCCUGCAUCAAUCUCUCCUUUACUCUCUCCUGAGGUCAGACACGCCUCUUACGAUCCUCUGAGCCCUAUCGGUCCUCCUGGCCCUAUCGGCCCGCCGAGUUCACAGCAAUCUCAGUGGCAAAACGAACCUCGACAACCUGGCGGACUGGCUGCGUGGAAUAAUUUCCAUGCUGUUGCAGCUAAGCGAGAAGCGGAAGAAGCGGAGAAGUACCGUCAAGAGUUCAAUUCCAACCGCAAUGGACCUCCUAAGAUCCCUCCCUCUACUUUCAAAGAAACAUGGAAGCAAGUCCGAAUAGGGAACGAUCCAUCUCACAAACAGGUCGCCAGAAUCGUCAAGACUCAACACGGCGGCCCGCCCUCGAACCCAUUGACAAACCUCGAUGCUCCGGCGGACGGCCUUCCAUUUUCGGACAGUCCUGCCCGUCCCCUGGCUAACGUGCCCGCGCGGAGCUCACGGUUCUUCCCUCAUGUUUCUGAGCAGCCGAAGAAGCCAUCUUCUGAGAAGGUGGAUUAUCAGCGGAGUCCCUCGCCGCCUCCUCCGGAGGAGGUGUCUAGCCACCCUGUCUAUUUUGGUGAUUCGGGUAAACCCCUCGUCCACCUGCCUAUGCCCAAGCCGGUUGUGAAACUUCCACCCAAAGCCAAAGCUGCACCGGCAUCUCCGCCUACGUUUGCGUCUAUGGCGGCAGCGCCUCCGCGACCUGCACCCUCAUCCACCGCCAUUUCCUGGCAGGAAAAGAUCAACGGUCUGUUUGGCAAGAAGACGCCACCGGAGAAGAAGAGUGUAUUGGCGGUUGCCUCUGCAUCGAAAGAACCCCUCGACGUACAGCUCCAGGCUGCAUCAGUUUCUGUGUCUCUCCCUCACAUCGUUGAGAGUGCUUCGCAGAUUGCCGAGGGCCAUGGCGCUGUUCGACAAGUGGAGGAACAAGACGAGAUCUUCGAGGACCCGCCGUCGCCGUCGCGGCUACGCGUCAAGAAUUCGAAGCAGAUGCAGGUGCACAGUGUCGAGCCAUACCUUGUUGGGUUGAAUGAUAGAGACCAAUCAGGAAACCUCCGUGUACUGAUUCGUCUGCCCGGCGCAAUUGCAGCGAAGACGUUCCUCCUUCCGAAAAAGGCUGCCCACUCCCGGCACCGAGGCACUUCCAACCUCAAAAACCGAAGAGGAAACAAGCCCCGUGAAGGGUCCGGGGGCAGCGGGAGUUCCAAGAAGCCCGCCUCCUCUCAACAAAGCAGCGCGCCCUCGUCAUCGCCCCGACACCAGUCACGUACUGGAUCCUGGGGCCCACGCACAAACAGCGGUCCCCGUUAA